GUUUCUCUGGCUGAUGCCGAGCAACAGUGUACAGCAGUAAUUCUGAGUAAUUUGAAGCAUAAGCUCGGCGAUUCAGUGUGUCAAAAUAAAUUUAGAAAUUGUUGUUGUGCGAAAAAAGUUGUAAUUUACUCAAGUGAAAUGCGGCUGUCUUGUGGUUUAGCCACAAUUUUUGUGGUGUUCGCUGUGGUCUUGCGCAAGCAGCCGGUCCACGCUGCAUGCGGUUAUGCGAACUGUCCAGCGGGAAAGUCCAACAUGAUCAAUGUCCAUUUGGUACCACAUUCCCAUGACGAUGUAGGCUGGUUAAAAACUGUUGAUCAGUACUACUAUGGAUCACGUAACGGCAUACAACGAGCAGGCGUGCAGUAUAUUCUCGACAAUGUGGUACAGGAGCUGUUGAAGGAUGCUAAUCGGCGCUUUAUUUAUGUCGAAUCUGCGUUCUUCUUUAAAUGGUACAACGAACAGAAUGCCGAUAUAAAAGCGAAAGUAAAGACGCUGGUAAAUGGUGGACGCUUGGAGUUUGCCGGUGGCGCUUGGUCAAUGAACGAUGAGGCGGCAGUGCAUUAUCAGUCAGUGGUGGAUCAGUUCACCAUUGGCUUAAAAGUACUUCAGGAACUUUUCGGCACUUGCGGACGUCCGCAUGUCGGCUGGCAAAUCGAUCCCUUCGGUCACUCGCGUGAAAUGGCAUCACUAUUUGCUCAAAUGGGUUUUGAUGGUCAAUUCUUUGCACGUAUGGAUUGGCUUGAAAAACGGGAGCGUAUGAACAAUAUGACAGCUGAGAUGAUUUGGAAAGCUAGUGCUGAUCUGGCUGAAAGAUCCGAACUUUUUACGGGUCUGUUGUAUAAUCAUUAUUCCGCGCCACCAAGCUUUUGCUUCGACACACUCUGUUCCGAUGAGCCCAUCAUUGAUGGUGAUAGCUAUGACAACAAUGUAAUAGAAAGGGUGAACACAUUCAUUGAAUACAUACAAAAUGUGACGGCGCGCUAUCGUUCUUCACAUGUACUCAUUCCCAUGGGCGAUGACUUCAAUUAUCAGAACGCGGCGAUUAAUUUCAAGAAUAUGGACAAGUUGAUAAAAUAUGCCAAUGAGCGUCAGUCUGUUGGAUCAAAAGUGAAUCUAUUUUACUCCACACCCGCUUGUUAUCUCAAAGCCAUACAUCAAGAGCCACUCACUUGGCCCACAAAAACGCAGGACUUCUUUCCCUACUCCACUGAUUGGCAUAGCUACUGGACCGGUUAUUAUAGCUCACGCCCAACGCAAAAACGUUUCGAACGCGAUGGAAAUCACUUUCUACAGGUAACUAAACAACUCACCACGCUCGCGAACCUCACCGGAACCAGUGUGGAUGACAAUUUGAAUCAGCUUCGCCAUGCCAUGGGCGUAAUGCAGCAUCAUGAUGCCAUCACUGGCACUGAGAAACAACAUGUUGCCCAAGACUACGAUCGUCUGCUGACUGCUGCUAUUGAGUCGGCGCAGACGAAUGCUCGUUCGGCACUGCAGAAACUAACCAACCUCACAAGUGGUGAAUUUGUCAGCUGUCUGCAACUGAAUAUUAGUGUUUGCGACUUCACCAAAGAUGGCGCAAAUCAAGUGGUGGUGACUUUGUUUAACCCACUUGCGCGACCCUCGACCCAAUAUGUACGCGUGCCGGUGAAGAAUGAGGCUUACAUAGUGACCGACGAUGCUGGUCGUGUAGUCCAAUCCGAUUUGCUACCUGUCCCCAGUGAAGUACAGGCGCUCAGUUUCCGUCCUAAGCAUGCAACUCAUGAGCUCGUUUUCUCGGCUUAUGUGGAGAAAUUGCGUAGUUACUAUAUUAAGAAGAGAAUUAAUCGACGAAGUGUGGACGAACAGGCAAGAGCGAAGCUAAAUGCGUGGGAAGACGAAAAUAUUUCAGAGGCUAAAAAAGCUAGGCCGUUGGAUAUUCAAUCAAGAGCAGAGAUCGUUGUUAAGAAUUCUCUUGUAAAGUUAACCUUUGACGGCACAGGUCACCUCAAUCAGGUUGAAAUGAAUGGUGUCACCGAGAACAUACGUCAGAACUUCUACUACUACAAUGGCGCAGCUGGCAAUAAUGCCGAGUUCAAGAAUCGUUCUUCCGGUGCUUAUAUUUUCCGUCCCAAUGGCACUGAAAUAUUAAUUGGUAGCACCGUCAGCUUCAGCAUUUAUGAGGGUGCACAAGUUAAGGAGGUACAUCAACGCUUCAAUCAAUGGGUGUCUCAGGUGAUUCGUAUUUACGAAGGCGUGAAUCGUGUUGAGUUCGAAUGGCUCGUCGGUCCGAUACCGAUUAAUGACAAUAUCGGCAAGGAGGUGAUCACACGCUUCAACAGCAGCAUCAAAUCGAAUGGUGUCUUCUACACCGACUCCAAUGGUCGUGAAAUGCUCCGUCGUGAGCGCAACAAACGGGAAUACUUUAAACCCAAUAUGACUGAAGCCGUUUCGGGUAAUUAUUACCCAGUGACAGCUCGCAUUGCCAUUGAGGACGCAACGAAACGUAUUGCCUUGCUCAAUGAUCGUGCGCAGGGUGGCAGUAGUUUGAAAGAUGGCGCACUUGAGUUGAUGCUGCAUCGUCGACUGCUGCGUGAUGAUGCCUUCGGCGUUGGUGAGGCUUUGAAUGAGACUGCUUUCGGUCAAGGUCUGGUGGCACGCGGCAAAGUUUACCUCGUGUUGGGUAAAGUAAAGGAUGCACCAUCACGCUAUGAACGUGUCGAGCAGCAACAGUUACAUUUACCCUUCUGGAAAUUCUUCAGCAGUGCUUCAAGAGCUAGCAAUGUGAAGGUGCCCAAAGUCUCUGCUUUUGAUGUGGCGCAAAAUGUACAUUUACUAACUUUGGAACCGUUCGGCACAAAAGAGCGUCUAUUACGUUUGGAGCAUAUCAUGGACAAAACUGAGUCUGCUUCGGUGACUUUUAAUUUGCGUCCAAUUUUCGAUCAACUGGGCGGCGAGGAGAUACGCGAGACUACAUUGGAUGGCAGUUUAAGUUUGAGUGAAAUGAGUCGCUUCAAAUUCCAGCCCGAAGGUUCAAAGGUUCGCAAACCUGAGUAUUACAAAUCCUCACACACGCCACUUUCAGCGAAGAAGAAGGACUCGGCGAGCAAAUUCAGUAUUGUUUUGAAUCCCAUGCAGAUACGUACAUUUAUUAUUAAAUGGAAAUAAAGUGCUUUCUGUUAAAAAAGCUGAGUUAUCAUGAACGAUUACUAAAAAAUAAAA